CGUCAUACCAUCACCCAUCAUAUCACAUCCUUGCACGGCAAUAUCAACGUUGGCUUUCAAGGACACGCCCGAAGAUACAGUACCUACUGACUCGUCGCCAACCUCUAGCUGGACACAUCACUGAGCACCUACCUACCUACUGUACUUGGCCCCAGCCCCACCAACCACGCCCGGGAUUCAUUUUGCGCGGCCACGCACCACGCUACCCUUCCAAAUCGCCCCCCUUCCCUCUUCUCCCGCUUACAUAAACGGAAAACUUUGAAUUGACGUCGACACUGCCGAACCCUUCCGUCCAUUUCUCAGCUUCCUUUCAACCUCACCUGUUUCUCGCCCUCGGUGCUGCAACCUCUUGGUCUGGUUGACUCCCUGCUCGCCUCCCUUCUUCCUUGGCCCUCAAACAUGGGAAGAGUAUAUCGCUACCCUUGACCAAUUUUCCGCCCCUCCCAUCUGAGGUUAUCGUCGAAAUGAGGCCGAGUUUGCUUAAGCGGGCCCAAAGCCACACUAACCGCCAGACAAUCAGCAAUCUCCUUCACUCUCGCAACAGCUCGCCACACACCGCUGCUGAUACCAUCUCCGGCCACAAGCACAUCGAGGAAGAGACCCUGCCCAAGUACAAUGCAGACCACUUUUACCCCGUCCGCAUUGGUGACCUUCUCAACGACCGUUACAAGGUCGUCGCCAAGCUAGGCUAUGGCAUGACCGCCACUGUCUGGCUUGCCAAGGACACCUCUAUGGCCGAAGAUGCCGGCAACCAAAAAUAUGUCACCAUCAAGAUCAACGUCAAUAUCUUGACCGAGGACUAUCUGAAAGGUCGAAAAGCAAUUGCCGAGAAACUUUUCACCGCCAACCCCGCCCACCCCGGCUACGGCCACAUCCGCUUCAUGCUCGACACCUUCAAGUUGAAAUCCAAGCACGGCGAACACCUGUGCAUUGUCUACGAUGUCUUGCGAGAGCCCAUUGACGUGUGCAUGGAAAAGUUCCCCAAUCGUCGCUUCAGCUGUGAGAAGAUCCGUAUCUUACUCCCAGCUCUCCUCCAAGGCCUCGACUAUCUCCAUGCUGAAUGCCAGGUCGUCCACACCGACCUCAAAGCUGACAAUAUCAUGAUGGGGCUAGGCGACCCCACCGUCCUUGAUCGUUUCGUCCAACACCAACUUGAACAUCCCUCCCCCCGCAAGGCCCCUGAUAACCACGGUCGCAUCAUCUACCAGUCGUGUACCGACUUUGGCGAGGCUCCCACCCAGUCCGUCAUCGCCUCCGCCAAGAUCACCGACAUUGGACUGGCCCAGUGGGGUUAUGAGGACAACUACAAGCCCAUUCAGUCCAAUGCCUUCAUGGCCCCCGAGGUCAUUCUGAACUGCGGUUGGUCCUACCCGGCCGAUAUUUGGAAUCUUGGCGUUAUGUUGUGGGACCUGUUUGAAACUUUCGGCCUGUUUGACGCCAUCGACACCCGACCCAACUCCUACCGUCCCGAGAAGCACCUGGGCCUCAUGAUUGCCCUCCUAGGGCCUCCCCCUAAAGAACUUGUCCAACGUGGCAAAAAGUCCUUUCUCUUCUUCGACUCGGACGGCAAGUUCAAACACCCCGACUACGUGCUUCCAGAUUUCACUUGGGAGUCGUCCAUUUCCCGCUUGAGAGGUGAAGAAAAGGAUCUGUUUAUCGACUUUGCCCGCAAAAUGAUCUGCUGGCUGCCCGAGGAACGGUGGACUGCAAAACAACUUCUCGAACACGACUUUUUGACAAAGGAACGCGAUCCCAACUACUUGACACCGACCCCUACCUUGAGCCGUGCCUCGACCACCUCCAUCAGCUCAAUCAUGCCCUCUCGAGCACCCACUCCAGGACCCGCCCCCACAUCGUAUCCCGCACACUUGCCUUUCCCUCGCACCUCGCCUCAGACCCAAGACCCAAAAGAGGACAAGAGCCCCGACCCAUCACGGCCACCAUCCAGGGCAUCAACUCAUCCCCCUUCUUCCACUACACUGCCCUCAAGACCCAAACCUGCAGAUCGAACUCAGAAUGAUGUCGCCCCCCUACCACCGUCCAUCAAUACCAGCAAUCAAUGCUCACAGGAUCUCAUCGAUUCUAUCCUCAAAAAGGGGAAACGCCAGAGCACAGGAGACAAGCUUAAUGGCUCAAUCCACCAUCAGACCAUCAAGGAAGAGCAAAAUUGAUGCACAACGCCGGCUGGUCUGUCAUUCGGACGAUUCACUCGGAGGUAUUAUGAUCAUGGGUCCAUGACAAUGGCUCCGUGCGGUUGAAAUGGUCUAUUUCCAAGCAUGUUAGCAUGGCAGUCGACUAAAGAUUGUCCUUCAGCGCGAUCCUCGAAUGCGAGAGAUCCACUCCUGUCAGAAUUCAUGGCACGCCAUUGCUUAUGUUGAAGAAUCACCAUGCGUGACACAUGAAUUAUGGCGGCGCCAUGCGGCAAAAUCACCAUGACUGUAUUUGCCUAACGCUACCACACACUUCGAUCCGUUUACCCAAUCCUAUACACGGCAUUUCCAUCUUGAUGCCAGGGUCCUAUGUUACGGGGCAUGAUGCUUUUGUCAACUUCAGCAUAUCAAGCGACGCGAUUACCGGACAGGUUUGCUGAUUGGAGCGUGCACAGAGAGUUCGGCUUCCUUAUUGCCUGCGUUGGUUCGAACUUGGUCGCUAUUAAAUGCAUUGGCGCCGAGGAGUCGGCGCAGCACUAUACCUGGGUUCACAAAUAAACCUGCAUUCCCUGGCCGCGCCUUCGAUUGAAGAUUUUCCUUGGGAAGUUCGGGAAAUAGUGAUGGCCACAUGAUGCACCAUACGACAGGAUGGUGAAUAUCUAUGUACUAUCCAAUUCCAGACCUUGACAGUGCAAAAUAGGUCGUAAUUUCGAAGUAGUUGAAGCACACAUUUUGACACUUCACUGAUCCGUACAGCUU